UAAGCCUCCACCUUGCACGAAGGCAAAAAAAAAAAAUCCCAGAGGAUUUUGAGGGGUUGGUCCAUGGGAUACCCCAGGUCAGCAUCUUUAUAGGAGCAAGAGCCCACACUGUCCUCAGCUCCACAUCUCUCCUCCAGGUGCUUGGUGCUGUCUCCUCUUCAGGCCAGCUGUGGAAAAUGAGGAGAGCCAGCCCAGCCCCAGGUGCUUCCCCAGGAAGGAUGCAAAGAUUAGUGUUCCUUUGAAGGGACAACAAUGCUGUGGCCAGCUGUUUUCAUUCUCCUAAGUGCCUUUUCCCUCACCUCCUCCACAGCCUCUUUGCUACAGGACAAGAAGAGGCAGCAGAUCCUCUCCCACAUGCCAGUGCCUGUCACAGUCCCUCUCCUUCCUCAGCCUGCAUGGCAGCACGUGUCAGGGCUGUGGCCAAGAACAACAGCUCCCAAACAUGGCUGUGGGUGCCUGGAUUGCUGGGAGAGAGCAGGAUGGAAUGACAUUCUCCAAGGCAGUAUGAUGGCUUUUCCUAGAGGAUCAUACCCAACUACUUUACCCACUUUUUGCCAGCACAAUUGAGAAAUGCAGCAGCAAAAGCCAAAAUAUGUAGUCUUCUGGAGGAUGGGGAUACUCGUGGUGCUGUGAAAUUCUUGGCUAUUGCACUCUUGGCUAGUGGGACAGGAACAGAGAGGGCAGGCUCUCCUGGGAGCCCUGCCUGCCAGACCUAACCCAGAAGGUUAGGGUAGUAGAGGGGGUGCAGUGAUUCUGACACUGAAAGUAAAACUAGAUUUCUCAGCUUCCUGGGACCUAUAAUAGCUGACUUCACCCAUGAGGUGCAAGCCAUGAAGUGACAUAGGAGCACAGUCAGUGUAUCCCUCAAAUCCAGGAAGGCUGGAGCUGGCACUGCCACUCCUCUGAGUGGCAGGGAUCCAGAGGAAGCAGUUGCCUUUCAGGGCAGAAGAUCAAAGUCUUUCUUUUGUCUCCAGAUGCCUGUUGCCUCUCUGGCCCUGCAUCCUGGGGUUCCUGGAGUGCCACAUAGCCCCUGUUCCAUGGAGUGCACAGCCAAUGGGAGCCCUACAACCACCUCCCACCCCACAGACCACUGCAUGUCCCACAGCCCUUGACCUCAGCCCAACAGCAGAUCCAAUCUAGCACCACACUCCAGCACUUGGUUCUUGGCUUUUCCAUCCCUUCCAGACUCAAGAGCCAUGUUAGUUGCAGUAUUUCUUGCCAUAGAAGUGUUCAAGUCACCUCACAACAUUGUUUGUGAUAAGCUGCUGGAAACCAGCUUUUCACAGAAUAUCCUGAGUUGGAAGGGACCAACAAGAAUCACCAAAUCCUGCUGCAAAAGUGAAGUGAAACCAUAUUUUGAUGACAUGUUCUCAGCAUCCCAGAGGAAGGAUGCUGACACAUCAUGAGAUAUUGUACAAAAGCAUGUGGAGUCAUUUGAGUUGGGUCAGAGGACUCACAAAUCCCCCUGGACUUCAGAGGACAUCUACUAAAAUAGCCAAAUAGUUUGGCUUGCUAAACCACAGUGAGAAGGAACACCCUGGCAGUAACCAAUCCUACAUCCUCUUUCCUCUUCAUCCAUUUCCCAAUUUUCGCUCUCUGUUCCUCGCAAAGAUUUUUGGUUGUUCUGGGCAGCCCGAGCAUCUGGGGUCAGUACUGCCAGCAGUACAGGCAUCACCGUGUGAACAGCAGGUGUCCCUCAGAGAGGUGGCACUGACAGCCAGCCAGUCAUCUGCAAGGUGAAGGGCGCUCAGGGGCACACAACACUGCUUUUGAAGAACACUCAUUUUAAGGUAUUUUACCGCCAAAACUAGCUGAGGCAGAAAAAUAUCUGAGUUUCUAGAAUAGCAGCUCUGCUCUCUUUUUCCGGGCACGUGUAGAAAUGGGGAACCGAGCGCGGCUGAGAUUGGGAAGGGCGCACACCUGCAGCAGGCCCGGCGGGGCGGGCCGGGCUGCACCUCCCGCCCCGCCGCCGCCGGAAGGGAGGCCCGGCCUGCCGAGAACGCGGGCAGCCGCGAAUCCACUGCCGCCUGCCCGGCCUGCCGAGAACGCGGGCAGCCGCGAAUCCACUGCCGCCUGCCCGGCCCGCACCGCCGCCCUGCUGCAGGGAACAGCCGGAGCGCCUGCAGGUGUCCCUCGGUGUGGAAUCGCCGCCCUGCGCCUGGCGCGGUGUGCACAGUUCAGUGGCGAGCCAACAUCAUACACACGCUUCAGCAUUGCCCGGCAGACGGAUGGAGACAACAGCCACGUGGAGAUGAACCUGGCUGCUGAUGAGGAGGAAGGAGGGGAAAUUGGGAGGCCAGAGCACCUGCAUGCUGGCAUGCCUCCUCCACGGAGGAAUGGCAAGAACCUCUGCUUUGUAAUCAUCGCAGCUCUCCUCCUCCUUUUGAUUGGGUUUCUGAUCGGCUACUUGAGUUAUCGUGGACGAACACAGAGGGUUAACAGGUGUCUGGAUGGAAGUGGCAACUGCGAGAUGACUCCUACUGCAUCAUACUUCUCAGAUGAUGGAAUGGAGGAAGAAGAGGUUCCUGGACCACGUAUCUUAUACUGGCCUGACCUAAGAAACAUGUUGUCAUCUAAACUGUCAACUGCACGUCUUGAGGCCAACCUGAGGCAAAGAGAAGGUAAGAAUUCUUUUGAAGCUGGCAAGGUGGAAGAUGAGAGCACUGCCAGCUACAUUCAUGACCAGUUCACCAGCUUCCGCCUGGAUGACGUGUGGAAUGAUGAGCACUAUGUUAGGCUGCAGGAUAAAGGCAGCAAGAACCAAGUGGUCAUUGUAGAAGAUGGUGAAGAAGUGUUGGAGAGUCCUGAUGCAUAUGUGGCAUACAGCAAGAGCGGCACAGUUACUGGCAAACCCAUCUAUGCGAACUAUGGACGGAAAGAAGAUUUUCAGAAGAUACGGAAUAUGCGUGUUUCAAUGGAUGGAGCUAUAAUCAUCUUCAGAGCUGGAAAAAUAACCCUUGCUGAGAAGGUUGCAAAUGCCAGAAAGGAAGGAGCAGUUGGUGCCCUGAUGUACCCAGGCCCCUCAAAUGACAGGAGGGCAGAUUCGUAUGUCCCCUUUGGACAUGCCCACCUUGGAACUGGAGACCCUUACACCCCUGGCUUCCCUUCUUUCAACCACACCCAGUUCCCACCAGUGGAAUCUUCUGGACUACCUCAAAUUCCUGUUCAAACUAUCUCUAGAGAAGCAGCAGCCAGACUGUUUGGAAAAAUGGAUGGAGAUAAAUGCCUUCAGGAGUGGACAGCUGAUAUCCUGGGAUGUAAGGUGACAGUGAGCAGCAGCAGCAAGAUGACAGUGAAACUGACUGUGAACAACGUUAUGGUGGAUAGGAAGAUUCUGAACAUCUUUGGUGUUAUCAAGGGAUUUGAAGAACCAGAUCGGUACGUUGUGCUUGGAGCCCAGAGAGACUCCUGGGGACCAGGAGCAGCCAAGGCUGGAGUUGGCACUGCCAUCUUGUUGGAACUUGCCCGCGUGAUCUCAGACGUGGUGAAAAAUGAUGACUACAAACCACGGCGCAGCAUUAUCUUUGCUAGCUGGAGUGCGGGAGAGUACGGAGCUGUGGGUGCUACCGAGUGGUUGGAGGGAUACUCCACCACGCUGCAUGCCAAAGCCUUCACUUACAUCAACUUGGAUACUGCAGUCCUGGGCUCCAAAGACAUAAAGAUUUCUGCUAGCCCGUUGCUGUACUCAUUGCUGGAGACAGUUAUGAGGAGGGUAAAGGACCCCGCAAACGCUUUGGAUAACCUGGGUAACAGAGUUGGCCUUGACUGGAUAAAGAAAGUUGUUCCCCUUGAUCUGGAUAAUACAGCGUACCCUUUUCUGGCCUACUCGGGAAUCCCAGUGGUUUCCUUUGGUUUCUACGAUGAAGGUGACGAGUAUGCCUUUUUGGGCACCACUGAGGACACUUUGGCCAACCUGAAAAGGAAGACUGACAACUUGUAUUCUCUCAUGCUUACUGCUGCAGAAGUUGCUGGACAAAUAGCUCUCAGGCUGACCCAUGACCAUGAGCUCUUUCUGGACAUUGAUCGAUACAGUGACGAAUUGCUGUCAUUCCAGGAGAAGCUUUGGCACGUCAAUGCCAAUGUGAAGGAACUGGGGCUGACCUUGAACUGGCUGUAUUUUGCCCGUGGAGACUUCCAGCGAGCUGCAGAUGCACUGAGAAGAGACAUCGAAAACAGUGACAGGGAAAACAGGAUUGUCCGCAGAGCCCUGAAUGACAGGAUGAUGAAGGUGGAAUACGACUUCCUCUCUCCAUACCUCUCACCAAAAGAUACUCCCUUCCGCCACAUCUUCUUCGGCAGAGGCAAACACACCCUGAAGAGUCUGCUGGAGAACCUGGAGCAGCUGGCAGUCAACAAGACCAGCGUGGAUCUGAAUGAGCUGAAAGAGCAGCUGGCCCUGGCGACCUGGACCAUUAAAGGGGCUGCCAAUGCUUUAGUGGGUGAUAUCUGGAAUACAGACAACGAAAUCUAGACACAGCAAACACCUGGAUUACCCGUCUAAGGUACAGGAGAGCUGUGUGCUCUCACAGGGAGCACAGCUUCCUUCCUGGCCCUGGUCCCACCAGAGGGCCUUGCUGUGUAGAUCUAGUUCCACCUAUAGCAACACACACCAACUCCCUGUACCUCAGAUCAGGUAUUGGCAUGAUUUUUAAAUGGCAGCUUCUUGAAAAUUUCCAGUACCUUACAUGUCGUAAAACCUAACCAAACCCCCUGAAACCUAAAGUGAAACCCACUCCCUAACAUGGCAUUACUUUCCUGUAGAUAUUCUGGCAACAAAAUGUUUUUGACCAAAGUUGAGCAUAAAAUUUAAAUCUCACCUUGACAAAUUCAAAGGAGACAGUUUUAAAGCAGUACUGAGAUUGCCAUGAAGUCUCCUCUGACCAGGCUCCCACCUAACUUCAGUCCAAACCAGUCAUGUACAGCCGCUCCAGUGUACUUAAAAACUAAGAGCUCAGGUGUUUCCUGAACUGGUACCUUGAGUGGGGAGGUACCUCAUCUAUUCAGGCUUUUAAUUGUUGGCCACCUAAACAGUGACAAAACAGGAAUGUAUUCCUCUGAACAUUUGUAACAAGGAUCCCUUCUCCGGCAGGGAGGUGCAGUUCAGAAAUUAAACAAUGUAGUAAUAGCCCGCAAGUGCUGGAUUAUCAGCCAGCUCUGAAGUGCCUGCCUGCCUUUACUCAACAGCAGGGUCCCAGUGACAUCUUGCAGGCUUGCUUCUGCCAAGGUAGGUAUCGAUACCCAGGGAAAAUGACCCAAAGAUUAUCCAAUGUCCCCUUGAUAUCCUCGGCUGGCACCUCAGCAAGUUCUGCAGCAGAAAUGUCUUUAGACUGGCACUUCAGACCUUGCUGCUUCAGGGGCCUUGUGUGAAAUCGAGUCUCUUGCUGGCCAAACUCUGUUUGACUGAUGUCAUUUUGCAGGUUGGCUCUUGUUUGGCACUGAGAUAUUUAUUUCUUUAUUUAUUUAUCAGUGACAGUGUUCACUAUAAAUGGUGUGUUUUUUUUAUAGAAGAUAAUUAUCGGAAGCAGUGCCUUCCAUAAUUAUGACAGUUAUACUGUCGUUUUUGAAUAAAGCAGCAUCUGCUAUUACAAUCAAACAUGAUACUGGAACUUUGCAUUUAAAAUAAUCAAAACAAGAACCUCAAAAAGUUUUGGAAAACUAGCAAUUAAGCUUUCUGUGGCAAAAACACCCCUCUGGAAGCAACUUGAAGGUGCAAACCUGGUAGUAGUGAGUCUCCAGGUUGCGCUCCGAAGUAAUCCUUGAAAUGCUGAAAACCUGGGUGGAAAUUGCAAUACUAGAAAUUUGUCUUCCUUGCAGGGUCUGUGCCCCUUUGUGGGCUUCAGACUUUUCCUGCUCCCCUUUCUGGAUGCUGUGUGCUCUCACAGGGAGCACAGCUUCCUUCCUGGCCCUGGUCCCAGCAGAGGGCCUUGCUGUGUAGCCCUAGUUCCACCUGUGGCAACACACAGAAACUCCCUGUACAUCAGAUUAGGCAUUGGCACGAUUUCUAAAUGGCAGCUUCCUGCAAACUUCCAGUACCUUAUGUAUCAUGAAACCUAACUGACAUUAUCGGGGGCAGUGUCUCCCAUAAUGUGUAAAGAACAAGGUAGUUUUUGCCUACCACAGUGUUAUAUCGGAGGCAGUGACCUCCAUAUGUUGCACUAUGGGUGUACGUAAUUAUCGGGGACAGUGUUUCCCAUAAUUGUUCUAUGCUUAUCACGCAAUGUCAUCUGCGAAGCUUGAUGGUUAGUAUCUAACAUGGAUUAAUUUCCUGCAGUCCUGUUUUUUCACUCUCCUGUGGUGAUGCAGAUACAAUCUUCAGUCUGUUGUGUACAUCCUUAGACACUUCCUUCUCCAUAGGCUGAACUGUUUCAAAUAGCUGUGCUGUCUUGAAUUGGCUUCCUGCCUUCAGUCACAAGAGUGGCGCUUGAGUGUUUAGUGGAAACUAGGCAAGUUAGACUGUGUGCUCUGUGGUGUUGUAAACUUCCUUCAAAUUAGUUACAAAGACCUGAGGAAUUAAAGGUGAAUGUAGGGCUUGGGGCUGACAGCUGUGUGGAGGGCUCUGGUCACUGCUCUGCAUGGGUACAUGUAGCACUUGGAGAGGCUGGCUUGCUGUGGCACUAGGAGGGUGCUGGUGUGUGUGCAUGGGCUGCUCACUCUCCAGUUCUGGCUGGAAAUUCCAGUCUUGCCCCCUUGGGUCUUGAAUGGAGAGAGGAAAAUCAGUGUCAGCUUGCUAAUGGUGCUGCUCUGCUGUGUGACCUGAAGCUGAGCACUGCUGAUGUGUGACACCUGCUAAACUGUGCUGCCUGUUCCCAGGGGCUGUUGCCUGUACUUUGCAGUUUGAUUUGGCAUUUACACCUAACCCGCAGCUUAGUUUUAACCUAAACUCUGCAGUGUGAUCUGGCAUUUAAACCUAACCUGAGCGAGUGACCUGAGCCCCAGCAGUAGUCCUUGAGGGAAAGAACACUGUUCAGCUGGAGCUCUGCAAGGAAAGGGCAGGGACUGGCCCCCAGCCUAGUUACUGAGCUCAGUGCUCACCAGCUUGGAGGGCUGGAUUUUCAUCGGUCUCUAGAAACCUGAUGCCCAGGCUUGUGCAACUUGUUGCUCUUCCUUAACUUCUCUUAACUCUCUAACUUCCUGCAGCCCUGUCUGUGUUAGUGUUUUCUCUGACAUUCUAGUUUCUAGUGACAUUUCUCUGGAUGGCAUCUAAGAGCUGCUGUCUCGGAGUCCUCACUGUGGUGUUUGCAUGCAUCUCGAUGUCAAACUUAAUUUUGUGCUUUAUAGCCAGCAGAGAGAGACAAAAGACAAAGCUUGUCUCCUGGAUAGACAGCACAGCUGUGACUACUGGGAUGCCUUGCUCAGUGCUGGCAUCUGACUGCUGUGGGGUGCUAAACUGUUUCUGGAUUUACCUGCUGUUUGCUUGGAUAAAGUAUUUUUGAAGCUUGAACACUCAGUUUGUCUUGUGAGGUUCUGGAUUACCUGCUGUCUGCUUUAAUAAAGAUGUUGAAGUUUGAACAC